AUGCAGCAAAUGCAGUACUCUGGAGGGGGAGUCGGAAUGAAGCGUCAGGCGACUUGGGACGCAUUGCCUGACAUCGACUUCUUUUCAAUACCCGUGGAUGACUUCUUCGAGACAUACGUGGAGGAGCUGGGCGCACGUGGCAGUGGCCUGCCAGCAGAUGCUGCCCCUUUGGAGGGCACACCCCUCACCAGCGGCGAGCUGGACCCUGUGCUGGAACAUUACCCGCACUCAGGCACGCAGCAGAUGGAUGGCCUGAUGACGCCAGCGAUUGCGCAGCAAGCAGCGCAGGCCCAAGCUUUCGUCCCUGCCGAGGGCCUUCCCAUCCAGAAUGGCAUGCCCCAAGUGCCCUUGGAGCCCCUGCACCCCAUGGCCAACCUGGUCACCAGCGGCUUCGAGGCCCCCGCCCAUCGGCGCAGCGGCUCUGGCUCGCAGGGGUCGGGCAGUUGGAAUGCGGCGGCACACAAGGGGAGUGGGAAUUUCUCCAAUGAGGAUUCGCCAGAGGAUGGGGACGACGACAGCACACCGGGCGCCCGCAACGGGAACAAGCGGCAAGCCAAGGCCAAGCGCAACGCGCGGCAGCAGGAUCAGAACAAGCAGGCGCAGCAGAGGUAUAGGGAGCGCCGGAAGCAGAAGUUCCAGGAGAUGGAGCAGACGCUGGAGCAGCUAUCCUCCCAGGUCCAAGACAUGCAGGCAGUUCAGUCCACCAACGCCGUGCUGCAGGGGAAGGCACAGGAGCUGGAGGGGAAGCUGCAGGAAAAAGAGCUGGAGAUCGAGGCGCUGCGUGCAGCCCUGGCCAAGUCGGGCGCCAAUCAGGCCACGCUAAACCUGCCAGUUGAGAAGAUGGAGUACGCGGCGAUAAAGCCGGCGGAGUGCGACCGCUACCGGGAGCACAAGGAGAAGCGGCGUGAGGAGGAGGUGGCGCGGCUGCAGCGCGAGUGGGCCGCCUGCACCGACACCCUGCGCUCCUUUGUGGACCAGCACAACCUCCGCCACGUCGACCCCUCCGGUGCGGGGGUGGCGCCGGGCAUAGUGGCGCAGGUGGGGGAUCUGGUGAGGCAGGGGUGCCAGCUGUGCCAGAGCGCGAUGCGCGCGGAGGGCAUCAAGGUGCUGGCGCUCAUGAGCCGCGACGUCGCGCAGAUGGCCCACAUCUCCUGCCACAUCGAACGCGCCAAGUGGGAGCGCAUCCUUGACGUUCUGCGGCUGACGGAGUCUCAGGCUGAGCAGCUGCUGGAGCUGCGCAAGGUGCACCUGCGCAACCUGCGCUCCCUCUUCGAGGACCGUCAGCGCCUCAACCUCCAGGCGAUGAGCCUGAUUCUGCCCAAGGACGUGGGGCGGCGGCAGAUCCCUGACGCGGCAACGCUGGAGAGCCGCAUGGACUGCAUGAGGAUCACCAGCAGCUACAGCUGCGCCGCGCUCAACAACGUCCACCUGGACUCCAUCCUGGACGACAUCAAGUGCAAUCUGCGCAAGGAGCAGCGCACAGUCAUGGAACUCAACUACAUGACCAUGCACAAAGUCCUCACCCCCAUCCAGUCGGGCCUGUUUGUGGUGGAAGCGUUCCCGGGCCACCCAGACUGCCUGGCCCUGGGCAACAUCAUGGCCAAGCGACACGGCGGGGAGCCCCUGCUGGACUGCCACCCCACCUCCUCCGAGGAGAAGCUGGAUGGCCAAAGGGCGGAUGACUACAGGCUGACUAACACCGCCUGGGUGGCGGCCAAAUCAGGCCUCAUCAAGGCUGGGCGUUAG